AUGCCAUGCAGUAGCACGGAUGAUGGAGCGUGGGGUGGCACUCUCACAACUAGCCCACUAGCGAGGGAAACGGACGCGAGUACUGCGAUGGUGGCAGGACGCACUGAGGGCAGCCGCAGACCUCAACAGCGGCAGCAUUGGGAAGGCGAUGGGCCGAAAGCGGCUACCUGGAGGCUUAGGUGCAGCAGUUUACCAGGACAUGUAACCGACAAUAGUUGCAGGGACCCGCUUACUUCUUCGGCAGUUGCGCUGGAUGGGACUCGGGGAUUUGUUGCGGGCGUAGCUCGCAAUACUAAUUCCUCUGUCGUUCCCCUAAAUCCAUUCCGUCCGCUCAUGCCGAUGCAAGUUGCAUCAGCAACUAUUGCUGCCCGCGAGGUAGCGCAAGAUGAGAGGAGUGAUAGAAGGGGAAGCGAUGGAGAAAGCGAUCUUGACUUCUUCACUCCCCUGUCCUCCCCACUCAGAGAGUUCACCACGCCGCCCUUACCGGUUGCUGGCGUGAUGCAGACUGACUCUUCCGAUGAGCAGCAACAGCACUUGACGCAGCAGCGUUCCUUCACGAAGUUUGGGAAAAGCGGUGUCACUGCCACUUCGUUGUUACCGGGCACCAGCGUCGAUGACCCACAACACCAGAGCACGAGCACAAGCAGCCUACCCACAACGAAGGGAUGCGGGCUGCUUUUGGGACGCUUUCCCUUGAGACGGCGCCACAUGUCUGCUGAUUGUGGAAGCUCCUUUAUGCAGCAGACGAAGCAUCACCAUUCACACAUACCGGUGUUGGAGCCAGAGGCGGCUGCUGCCGCUGGCUUGCAUCUGCUUGCGAAGACUGUAGCGUCAGCCGCGGCGAAAGACAAGGUCGCACUGACUAGCCGAAUAGCAAGGCCCCCCGUGCCGAGCCGGUGUAUCCGUAGACCUAUCGUACAUGAUGGGCAGAAGCGGAUGCCUCUCUGGGUGCAGCAGCACCAGCCGCAGAAUGUGGCCCAGCCUUCGCAGCAGCAUCGGUCGCAGCAGGGAUUGCAGCGAGAGGCUGCAGAUGAAGAGCUUAGAAUGCCGCUGGUGCCCCCACCGGCACCGCUAUCUCCUUUGCUUGCACGCGCUCGUGUAGCACCUCCUACCAUGGGGUGUGUGCCGGCUUACUCUGAAGACGCUGCCUCCACAGCACCAACAGCAGUAGCUCCUGAUGCUUCUGUUACCACCGGGUCGAGAGAAGCGGCAACGGGAUGUUUGCAGCCGCUUUCUGUUACACGCUCUGUGCCUGCAGUGCGCGAAGAGACACAGCUGCUGAACGAACCACCGUCGAACAGCCUUUUAACAAGCUGCCGGCAACAGGAUCAGCAAGAAGCCCCAAAACAGCAACAGUAUGCAUGCCAAGAGCAAGACCAACAGCAGGAACAAGAAUGCGACAAGGAUGAAUCUGUGCAAUGUGCCAAACGGCGUCGAUUCUCGGUGGAAAGAAAUGCUUCAACUUGCUCAUUGCCUUAUGGGCAGGCCGCUAUUGCUAUUCCCCCCGUUUCUACAACCAGCGCUACAGAAAGUAGUGACAGUAGUGGGUCCCAGCUGUAUCGCAAUCAAGAGCGUGUGGAACAGGCAACCACGUUGGAUGAGCUACAUUUUAGCAGUCACAGAAAACGAAAAAGAGGAGAGUGCAGCACGCGGCAGCUGCUCAUGCUGCAGCCGCAUGCAACAGCAGCGGAUGCGGCUCUUCUAGAUGUAUUGGGCACGGCUCUGACUGCAGAAGAGACGCGCGAAUUGCGCAUGCAACAGCAAAAGGAAGCGGAGGAAGCAGCAGCGGCUGCUGCUGCAGCAGCAGAGGUGGCAGCAAGGGAAAGGACAGCAGCAGCCGCUGCUGCAGAGGCAUCAGCGGCGCGUGCAGUGGAAGUAGCAGCAGCUGAAGAAGCAACAAGCCAUGCAAAGGUACAGUUGAAGGCUGCGCAGGGUACUGCAGUUGCCAACACUCCUGUUACCAUACCUACUUCAGCAGGGGACCCCCAACAAAGUACCCUGCUGGUGUCCGGGAGUACAGCAGCCGUUGCUCCACGUCCUGCAGCGGCGUGCACGCCACUGUUUGGAUCAGCAAAGCCAACGGAGCCUCAGCCGCUGCAACAGCAACAACAACAACCACAGAGACAGCAGCUGCAGCAGCAGCCGCCACAGUCACAGCAGCUACAGCAACGGACGCCACAUUCACAGCAGGUACAACAGCAGGCGCCACAGUCGCAGCAGCUACAACAGCAGGCGCCACAGUCGCAGCAGCUACAACAGCAAGCCCCACAGUCGCAGCAGCUGCAGGCACUGCAGCCGCAGCAGCUUCAAGGGACUCCAGCCAGUAUUCCUACCAGUGGGGAUUUGAGUGCGUCGCAUGCACGACCCAAACUUCGCAUCCGUAGAGCGAAUGGGCCUCUUGCAGGAGCAGCAGCGGGAGCGCCGGCAGCUGGUCCCGGUGCCUCGACAGCCGCACAAGCAUCUUUGGGCAUUUCGCAGCAGCAGCAGCAGGUGCAGCAGCAAUUUGGUGCACGCAAUCCAGUUGCCCAGCAGCAGUCCCCCCAUCAGCAGCAAAUGGAUGUCCAGGGACCAGUGUUUCAAGUACCGCAGGCCCAACUGCACCAGCAGCGCAUUCAGCAGGCACAGUUGCAGCCGCAGCUGCAGCAGCCAGCCAGUGGCAACCUCGGACUUGGAUUAGCGGAGUUUGGCCCUACGAAGCUCACUGAAGUUGCUGAUGGAGGCAGCAAUCCUUUUGCGUUUGUCGCAGGGAGAGGCCGAGGACGAGGUGGCCGGAGGGGUGGCGUACGGCGCCGUUGA